CUGAACUUUGCGGACGAAAUACAACUUAUUGUUAUGACUUUGUUACAUGCCACAUUAUCAGAACAAAUAAACAGAGGGAUCUAAUGUAAAGGAGCAGUUAUAACUUCAACUUCAAGAUGCUGCUCUCUCUGGGGAUGCUGAUGCUGUCUGCCACCCAGAUCUAUACCAUCUUCACAGUGCAGCUCUUCGCUUUUCUCAACCUGCUGCCUGUGGAGGCUGACAUCUCAGCAUACUCGUUUGACAAUAAAACAGAAAACUUUGAUGAUCUGCCAGCUCGGUUUGGCUACAGGUUGCCCAGCGAGGGACUGAAGGGCUUCCUGAUUGGUGCACGGCCUGAAAAUGCGUGCGAGCCCAUAGAUCCCCCGCCCCUGAGGGACAACCUGACCGGAACCUUCAUCGUACUCAUCAAACGCUUUGACUGCAAUUUUGACAUCAAGGUCCUUAACGCCCAGAAGGCCGGCUACAAGGCGGCGAUUGUUCACAACGUGAACUCUGAUGACUUAAUCAGUAUGGGAUCCAAUGAUUUGGAUAUUCUCAAGCAGAUAGACAUUCCGUCGGUGUUUAUUGGUGAAGAAACUGCCAAUUCCCUCAAAGAGGAUUAUAUCUAUGAGAAAGGUGGGCAUGUGAUUCUCAUGCCAGACUUCAGCCUUCCUCUGGAGUACUACCUGAUCCCUUUCCUUAUCAUCGUGGGAAUCUGCCUCAUUCUCAUUGUCGUUUUCAUGAUCACUAAGUUUGUACAGGACAGACACCGGGCCAGAAGAAGCCGUCUGCGGAAAGACCAGUUGAAGAAGCUGCCCAUUCACAAGUACAAGAAAGGUGAUGCAUAUGAUAUGUGUGCCAUCUGCCUGGAUGAAUAUGAAGAAGGGGAAAAACUACGGGUUCUGCCUUGCUCUCAUGCCUAUCACUGCAAAUGCGUGGACCCCUGGCUGACCAAGACAAAGAAGACCUGCCCCGUGUGCAAACAGAAAGUGGUCCCGUCGCAGGGUGAUUCUGACUCCGACUCGGAGUCGGGCGACAGCGGUGCGGAGGAAAACGAGGAUGUGUCAGAAAACACUCCGCUGCUCCGAUCUCUCGCCGCUACCAGUUCCCACUCUUUCGGUACCAUGUCCGGCUCCCCUACGCACCACCACGGCCAAGAGGGGCCCGAGUCCUCCGACUAUGACGAACACAGCGACAUGGACACCAGCGACAGUGAAGAGGAGGUUACCGUGGAAGCGGUAGUGGUGCAGCUGCAGCAGGCCAGGCCAGACAAUAACACAGCCGAGGCAUGAGCAGACGUUUCCGGGUCCUUUUCAGACUCUUAUGAGAGGUUGCCAAUAUAUGUGAAAUAACAUCUCGCCGCCAUUCAUGUCAUUCGUUUUGCCCACCCAAUCAUACCUACCUACCUACCAAUAGAUUGCAGAUCACAUAUCACAAUACCUGUACUGUCUCUUUAACCAAGAUAUUAAAAUAAAUGAAGGAAAAAAAGAGGACAGUUGCGUAGAGAGCUACGUGGGUUUGUGUUUAUUGGAAUGUCACGUUUCACUGUAACGUUUGACUCUCUGCUUUUACAGAGUACAUCAGUCUGCAGAUGUCUGCUAUAUACUUUACACUGUGAAAAGGGUUAAAAGUCCAGUGGUCUUGUCUUCAGAGGAAAUAUGUCACGUACUGUGGAUGAUUGUGAUGUAUGUACAUCAGCUGUGUCAUGUAUAGAUCACCACAUUAAAAAAAACACAACAAAAACAAAAAAAACACCUUUUCCUAAGCAGCAAAAACAAAAACAAAAAAAGAUUGAUUACUGUGUAGCUUGCAUUGCUGUAUGCCUCUGUAUCAGAAGGUGGGGAAUUGUGGAACAUCCUUAUAAUGUAUGUACAGUGUGCUGUUUAGAAAGCUUGAAAUCAAAAUACUAUGCAGCACCCUUUUAUAAAGUCAAAAAACAUUUUUUUUUGGAUUAAUGAUGGUUUUUUUCUGUCGAAUCUGUUUAUAUUUAGAGAUAAAGGCGCUAGUGGUCCUUUUGACAAUGUUUUUGAUUUUGUGUUGUGUUGAUACACAAGCCAAACCAGUCUUGGAGAUGUAUCCAGGCAAAAUGAGAGGAAAAAAAAAAAGCUUGUUUGCUGAGUUGUCAUGGCAACCUCAGUCUUCAUUUCACACGCAGAAGGGCAGAAGAGCAAAACCAUUGAGACACCAAAUAGUUCAGACCAACAGCCACUUCUGGGUUUAAACUGAUCAGUUACAAAGGGACCCACCCCAGUGUUCAUGGAGCCACAUAGGUCCAUCUGUGAAAAGUGCAUUUGCAUUACGUUGUAUUAUUUAAAAUACUGCAAUGGAAAUGUUAAGAUUGGGGUUUUAUUUUUCAUCUACAUGUUGAACAGUUAACAUAACAGGUUGAAAAAAAGUCUGGAUGCCUUUAAGUUGUGUUAAUGUAAUUAACGUCUUGUUAAGCUCACCUCCUUGUCUAAGUCGCCUGAUUCACUUCAUGAAUAAAAUAUUACACUUUUG